GAGUAGAAGUACGAGUUGUUAUACAAAUGCUCCCCUCCCCGUUUUCAUUUACUGAAUAUGGACAUCUUUCUUACUCGGUGUGUUUUUUUUCGUGUUUCAGCACUCUAGACAAGAUUAUUGUGACGGGUUACAAGGCACUUCAACUGAUUUAUUUCUUUACUGUCGGUAAGGACGAGGUGAAGGCGUGGACGAUUCAAUUAAUUGUGAACAACCACUCUGUGUAUUUUUCUUUGUACAAACCUUUGUUCUCAUAUAAUUCCACAAACUAUGUUUCUCAGAGUGCUGGAAAAUACAGACAACAGGGCAGAAACUACAUCGUGGAAGAUGGUGAUAUCAUCUUGUUCAAGUUUAACGCUGGAGCAGGUUUACAAGGCAAGAAGAAAUAGUAACCCUUGAUACUGGUUUAUUAAUGCAGUCCACGUGAUAAUCACGUGUUUCAAGGCUUAACGCCUCAGCACUUGAUUGGCUUAAAUAAAACUUGUAUAUUUAUCUGAA